AUGGAAGAAGCUUGCAUUGCAAUUAUUGUUGCUUUGGCUACAGAUAAUGCAGACGAAGGAAGGAAACUAAAGAAAAAACAAAGAAUAUGGUCAAAAGAAUGGUUUUUAAAAAGAAAAAAAUACACACAUCAUAACCUACUAGAUGAACUUUUAUUGACAUCAAAUGAAGAUUAUGCAAAUUUUCUUCGAAUGGACCAUUCAACAUUUAUGGAAUUAUUAGAAAAAGUUGAACCUUAUAUAAAAAAAAAAGAUACAAAUAUGAGAAGUGCUAUCCCUGCAAAUCAAAGACUGUCAACUACUUUAAGGUAUUUAGCUACUGGUCAAAGCUUUGAAGAUUUAAAAUUUACCACAGCAAUAGCUCCUCAAACAUUGAGUAAAAUUAUUAUUGAAACCUGUGAAGCUCUAGUUACUGUACUAAAAGAUUGUAUACAAAUGCCAAGUACAGAAGAAGAAUGGAAGAAAAUUGCCAACGAUUUUGGCAUAAAAUGGAAUUUUUACAACUGCUUAGGAUCUAUUGAUGGAAAGCACAUUGAAAUUAGAAAACCUCCUGGAUCAGGCUCAUACUACUAUAAUUACAAACAAACAUUCAGCAUAGUCUUAAUGGCAGUAGUAAACGCCAACUAUGAGUUCAUUAUGAUUGAUGUUGGUGCAAAUGGACGUGUCUCUGAUGGAGGUGUAUUUUCAAAUACUAAAUUUUAUCAAAAACUGAAAGAAAACAAAUUGAAAAUUCCAGAACCUGAUUACCUACCUAGAAGUAACAUUAAGUUACCAUUUGUUUUUGUAGCUGAUGAUGCUUUCCCUUUAUCUGAUAAUAUUAUGAAACCUUACCCUCAGAGGAACAUGACUAGGGAACAACGUAUUUUUAAUUAUCGACUGUCGAGGGCUCGUCGCAUUGUUGAAAAUGCAUUUGGAAUAUUGUCUUCCCGUUUUCGAAUUUUAUUAAAUGCAAUUAAUUUAGAACCAGACAAAACAUCGACAAUUGUAUUAGCAUGUUGUUAUUUGCAUAACUUUUUAAGACAAAAGAAUAUACAAAUAUUUUUACAAGACAGUUUUGACUUUGAAGAUGUUAGUUCUGGUCAAGUCCGUCCAGGAAGUUGGAGAAAUAACAACCAACAACUUAUUUCAUUAGAAUCUUGUCAACAAAGAAAUAGCACAACUACUAGUAAAGAUAUAAGAAACAAAUAUUGUGAAUAUUUCAACAAUAUUGGAGCAGUUCAAUGGCAAAAUAAUAUAUUUAAUGAAUAA